GAACAAUCCUUGUGACGUAUGUUGCCUACCUUGUAGGGAGUUCCGAGUUACGCCACUGGAAAUGCAUAGCUUCUUGAUUAUGAGUCGCAAGCUAGUAAACAAGUGAAAUUAUUGCUAGAACUGGAAGAGAAUACACCUGCACUAAUGAAAGCGAUUGAAAGUGGUGAUACGGACUUAAUACAUAUGGUUAUCAUCAAACUGAGGGAUAAAAUGACUUUAGGUGAUUUCAAGAUGACAAUAAGAAGUUUUCGUGUUGCUCAGUCUAUAUACAUAAAGUACUGUAAAGAGCACAAGCAGCAAGCACUAAACGAAAUUUACAUCCAAGAGGACGAUUUUGAUUCCCAGGCAGAAACAUUCAUCAGUGAAAAUUCAGACUCGAAAGGACCUGAAAGGGAAGCAUAUAUAAUGGAACGAGACAAAACUAUAUAUUGGGCAAGUUGCCAGCAAAAUUCAAAUUCGAGGAAUAUGUCACAAAAAUUGGUAGAAAAUAAGAACAGGAAAAGCGGCCGACCUCGUCUGCGUCCUCUUCGGAGCUGAACAGAUGUGGAUCCAUCAUCGCAGCCCCGCUCUGUCGAUAAUGUUUUUUAUCCAUAUAAAGUAAUCUCUCAUGAAUGGUAUAGAUCAAAUGAGAUUACAUUUUAUAUAAUAUAUUUGUACAUAAUAUAUACGUAUAUUUUAUAAAAUACAUUUGUGUACAGAUGAAACUAGUCAUCUUUAGAAAUAUUCUGUAUUUUUUUUAAAGCGCCAAAGUGUGUGACUAGUUUUAAUAAGCAAGUAUAGAUUGUCAUGCUUGUAGUCGGUUUGACAAUGGCAUCGACAGUGUUGAUUUUAUAUUUCAAAUGUUACUAAAUUAAAUAUCUUCGAGGUCUAUUUCGUGUUAAUCUAUUUUAUGGUUCUUUUGGAAAUACUGCAAAGUAUGAAAUUGAAUUGGAUUCAAAUUUUUUGAUAAGGUACAUAGUUUGAUGACCUAUCAAUCCAUUUGACGCCAUUUUUUAAAUGUCAUGUAGUUACUUACAUGCUUCUCGUUAUAUGUUGUAGGUUAUUGUACAGAAUAAAAGUGGG